AAAGUGGUAAUUAUUUUUUCACGGCGACAUUCGCGAUCGAAGCGACGAUGAAGCUGAUAGCGAUGAGUCCCAAGUACUACUUUCAAGAAGGCUGGAAUAUUUUCGAUUUCAUCAUCGUGGCGCUGUCCCUCCUCGAACUGGGACUGGAAGGUGUUCAGGGAUUGUCAGUAUUACGUUCAUUUCGUUUGCUAAGAGUGUUUAAGCUGGCCAAAUCGUGGCCUACGCUGAACUUACUGAUCUCUAUCAUGGGCCGGACGGUGGGCGCUCUCGGUAAUCUGACGUUCGUCCUGUGUAUCAUCAUCUUCAUCUUUGCCGUCAUGGGAAUGCAAUUGUUCGGCAAAAACUACACAGACAAUAUGGAUCGCUUUCCGGACAAGGACCUGCCACGAUGGAACUUCACCGAUUUCAUGCAUUCGUUCAUGAUCGUCUUUCGGGUACUGUGCGGAGAGUGGAUCGAAUCCAUGUGGGAUUGCAUGCUGGUGGGCGAUGUGUCCUGCAUUCCGUUCUUCUUGGCCACCGUAGUGAUAGGAAAUUUAGUAGUUCUUAAUCUUUUCUUAGCCUUGCUUUUGUCCAAUUUCGGUUCAUCCAGUCUGUCGGCACCGACGGCCGACAACGAAACGAACAAGAUCGCCGAGGCGUUCAACCGGAUAUCGCGGUUCUCCAACUGGAUCAAGCUGAACAUCGCCAACGCACUAAAGUUCGUGAAAAACAAGUUAACAAGCCAGAUUGCGUCCGUGCAGCCUGCAGAGCAUGGUGAAAAUGAGCUGGAAUUAACUCCAGAUGACAUACUGGCCGACGGGCUGCUGAAAAAAGGCAUCAAGGAGCACAAUCAGCUGGAGGUGGCCAUCGGCGACGGGAUGGAGUUCACGAUACACGGAGACCUCAAGAACAAGGGCAAGAAAAACAAGCAGCUGAUGAACAACUCCAAGGUGAUAGGCAAUUCUAUUAGUAAUCAUCAAGAUAAUAAAUUAGAGCACGAACUGAAUCAUAGAGGCAUGUCCUUGCAGGACGAUGAUACUGCCAGUAUAAAGUCCUAUGGCAGUCACAAAAAUCGCCCCUUCAAGGACGAAAGCCACAAAGGUAGCGCCGAAACCAUGGAGGGCGAAGAGAAACGUGACGCCAGCAAGGAAGAUCUAGGAAUUGAUGAAGAACUAGACGACGAGUGUGAAGGCGAGGAAGGUCCUCUGGACGGUGAGCUGAUCAUCCAUGCCGACGAGGAUGAGGUGAUCGAGGACGCCCCGGCAGACUGUUGUCCGGACAAUUUCUACAAAAAAUUUCCCGCUCUGGCCGGCGACGACGAUGCACCGUUCUGGCAGGGCUGGGGCAAUCUGCGACUGAAAACGUUUCAGCUCAUCGAGAACAAGUACUUUGAAACGGCCGUCAUUACGAUGAUUCUGCUCAGCAGUUUGGCUCUGGCCCUGGAGGAUGUGCACCUACCGCAACGACCGAUCCUGCAAGAUGUACUGUACUACAUGGACAGGAUAUUUACGGUGAUAUUUUUUUUAGAGAUGUUAAUCAAGUGGUUAGCCUUAGGUUUCCGAGUGUACUUUACGAACGCUUGGUGUUGGCUCGAUUUUAUUAUUGUCAUGGUGUCCUUAAUCAACUUCGUUGCUUCACUCUGUGGGGCAGGUGGUAUUCAAGCAUUCAAGACAAUGCGAACACUCAGAGCACUGAGACCUCUACGUGCCAUGUCCCGAAUGCAGGGAAUGAGGGUCGUCGUCAAUGCAUUGGUACAGGCUAUACCGUCCAUCUUCAACGUGUUAUUGGUUUGUUUGAUAUUCUGGUUGAUUUUCGCCAUUAUGGGUGUGCAGCUGUUUGCUGGCAAGUACUAUAAGUGCGUCGACAUGAACAAAACAACGCUGUCGCACGAGAUCAUCCCGGAUAAAGCCGCAUGCAUAGCGGAGAACUAUACGUGGGAGAAUUCACCGAUGAACUUUGAUCACGUGGGGAAGGCGUAUCUGUGUCUGUUUCAGGUUGCUACGUUCAAGGGCUGGAUUCAGAUCAUGAACGAUGCGAUUGACUCGCGGGAGGUCGGAAAGCAACCAAUUCGCGAGACCAAUAUCUACAUGUACCUAUACUUCGUGUUCUUCAUCAUCUUCGGAUCAUUCUUCACCCUGAACCUGUUCAUCGGUGUCAUCAUCGACAACUUCAACGAGCAGAAAAAGAAGGCUGGUGGCUCACUGGAGAUGUUCAUGACAGAGGACCAGAAAAAGUACUACAAUGCGAUGAAAAAGAUGGGCUCUAAGAAGCCACUGAAAGCUAUUCCACGGCCUAGGUGGAGACCACAAGCAAUAGUAUUCGAGAUAGUCACCAAUAAAAAGUUCGACAUGAUCAUCAUGUUGUUCAUCGGGUUCAACAUGCUAACGAUGACGCUCGAUCACUACAAGCAAACGGAUACGUUCAGUGCGGUGCUGGACUACCUCAACAUGAUCUUCAUCUGCAUCUUCAGCAGUGAGUGUCUGAUGAAGAUAUUCGCCCUGCGCUACCAUUACUUCAUUGAACCGUGGAACCUGUUCGAUUUCGUUGUCGUCAUUCUGUCCAUCUUAGGUCUCGUACUGAGCGAUCUCAUCGAGAAGUACUUCGUGUCGCCCACGUUGCUCCGUGUCGUUCGUGUGGCCAAGGUCGGCCGUGUGCUGCGUCUCGUCAAGGGUGCCAAGGGUAUCCGAACGUUGCUGUUCGCUCUGGCCAUGUCCCUGCCGGCGCUGUUCAAUAUCUGUCUGCUGCUGUUUUUGGUGAUGUUCAUCUUUGCCAUCUUCGGGAUGUCCUUCUUCAUGCACGUUAAGGACAAGAGCGGCCUGGACGAUGUGUACAACUUCAAGACGUUCGGACAGAGCAUGAUUCUGCUGUUUCAGAUGUCCACUUCGGCUGGAUGGGAUGGCGUGCUGGACGGAAUCAUCAACGAAGAUGAGUGCCUACCGCCGGACAACGACAAGGGCUACCCGGGAAAUUGUGGCUCGUCUACGAUCGGAAUCACGUACCUACUAGCGUACCUCGUUAUUAGUUUUUUGAUCGUCAUCAACAUGUACAUCGCUGUUAUCCUCGAAAAUUACUCGCAAGCUACGGAGGACGUACAAGAAGGAUUGACAGAUGACGAUUACGAUAUGUACUAUGAAAUUUGGCAGCAGUUCGAUCCGGACGGUACGCAGUACGUGCGGUACGAUCAAUUGUCGGAUUUCUUGGAUGUGCUCGAGCCACCGUUACAGAUUCACAAACCGAAUCGUUACAAAAUCAUCUCGAUGGAUAUCCCGAUUUGUCGAGGCGAUAUGAUGUUUUGCGUGGACAUCCUGGAUGCGCUAACAAAGGAUUUCUUCGCCCGAAAAGGCAAUCCCAUCGAGGAAUCAGCCGAACUGGGUGAGGUGCAGCAGCGUCCGGAUGAAGUAGGUUAUGAACCUGUAUCAUCCACCCUCUGGCGACAGCGGGAAGAAUAUUGCGCCAGAGUAAUUCAGCACGCAUGGCGGAAGCACAAAGAACGCCAAGGAGGUGGUGCCGGGGACGACACCGACGCCGACGUUUGUGAUAAUGACGGCGGCGACGGUGGUGGUGGUGAUGGAGGUAGCGUUGGUGGUGGUAUUGGUAGCGGGCGACUUGGUAGUGGUAGUAUAGGUGGUGGUGUUAGUAGUCCCGGUGGUGGUGGAGGAACAACGCCCGGCUCUAGCGGUGGAGGCGGUAGUGGUUCUCAGGCUAACAUAGGAAUAGUGGAGCACAAUCUAUCACCGAAAGAAUCGCCCGAUGGCAAUAAUGAUCCUCAAGGUCGUCAAACGGCCGUCCUAGUAGAAAGUGAUGGAUUUGUAACUAAAAACGGUCAUCGAGUCGUGAUACACUCACGAUCGCCAAGUAUAACUUCACGAUCGGCGGAUGUCUGA